AUCCCCUUCCGGUGGGUAAAAAACAAACCGGACCGCGGUGACUCCAGCAGAACUGCGGUGUCGAACCGUGGCCGCUGAAUGAACAGGCGGUCCAGCGCGGCUCGGUUCGGUCGGUCAGUAUGGUGAAGUGUGUGGUCUCGAGCUGUCCGAACCGAGUGGACGGGUCCAAUCACGGAGUGUUCAACAGAACCCAGAAACGGUUCUUCAAGUUCCCGCGAGAUCCAGCGAGGGUCAAGGUAUGGCUGGCGGCACUGCGGCAGGCGGACCAGCAGAACCAGAACCAGAACCUGAUCUGUGAGGACCACUUCCUGCCGGAGGACAUCUCGUCAGGUGACGUCAGCGCAGACGCCAUUCCCAUCAUGCCUCCCUGCCUGGACGGCCCGCUGGACCCAUUGGACCGGUGGGGAACCGGGUCGGAGAACGACGAGGACCAGUGGGUCGGAACCGCCGGGCCAGGUGAGGAAGAGGAGGUGAAGGCUGCCUUCCCUUUAACACCAAGAUAGCCUCCAGAACUUCCUGCUCUGGACCCAACAGAACAGAACCAAGCUCUCCAAGCGGUGCCAGCAGGUCCGACUCUCAGCCAGCAACAGCAGAACGGGCCGAUUCGGACCCGGGAAGACGUUUCUCUGCUGGUUCUGACCCGGCGGUUCCUGGACCUGUUCCUGACGGCGUCGGACGGCUGCCUGGACCUGCGCAGCGCCAUCGCCAGCCUGAGAACGCGCCGCCGCCGCGUCUAUGACAUCACCACCGUGCUGCAGGGCGUCCGGCUCGUCCAGAAGGAGUCCGUCAACCGGAUCGCUGGAUUAUCUCCAGUGACACCAGUAUGUUGUGUGCAGAGGAAGCAGCCCCGCCUCCAGCUACCUGGGUCAGAACCGGGGUCCAACAUGGCCGACCUGAAGCUGGUGGAGGAAACCCUGGACUCUCUGAUCCGGACCAGCGCCGAGCAGCUCUUCCACCUGACCGACGACCCGCACAACUCCAGGCUGGCCUACGUGACCCGGCAGGACCUGGUCGGGAUGCAGAACCUCCAGAACCAGACGGUUCUGGUGGUGAAGGCGCCAGAGGAAACCAAGCUGGAGGUUCCGGCUCCCACCGAGGACAGCAUCCAGAUCCACUUGAAGGGCGGGACGGGUCCGAUCCGGGUUCUGACCUGCGACGCCGGAACCACCGGAGAAGCGGGUUUUUCUUCGCUGGAGGAGAGUCGGAUCAGAACCACCGAGCUGAACGCAGGUAGCUUCAGAACCGAGAUGGGUCCACUAGAACUUCUGACCUAUUGAAGAAACCAGUCAGCAGAACCGGGUCCAGAGCGCGUAGGUCCAACCGGGCCAGCAGGGGGCGCUGCAGCUGAGAACAGGAGAAACGAUCCGUCGGACCGGACCGGAACCAGGACCGGACCGGAACCAAGAGCGAAGUGAUGGAGACGAUGCUGGGAGUUUAUUCUGAUUAUUGUUAUUAGUUUAUUUCCUGUUUGUUUGGUUCUGGUUUUGUUUUGAGCUCAGAACUUUCUGACAGAACCGGGCCGGGAUGUUCUGAAAUAAAGAGUUAAUAAAACCUG